AUGUCUGGACGCGGCAAGGGAGGUAAGGGCCUCGGAAAGGGCGGUGCCAAGCGCCACCGCAAGGUCCUCCGUGACAACAUCCAGGGUAUUACCAAGCCCGCCAUCAGGCGUCUGGCUCGCCGUGGUGGUGUCAAGCGCAUCAGUGGCCUCAUCUACGAAGAGACCCGGGGAGUGCUCAAGGUGUUCCUUGAGAACGUGAUCCGUGACGCCGUGACCUACACCGAGCACGCCCGCCGCAAGACCGUGACCGCCUUCGACGUGGUCUACGCCCUCAAGCGCCAGGGACGCACCCUGUACGGCUUCGGCGGUUAG